AUGGACUCGCGCAGCAAAGAAGAACGUGAUGACAGGGGGCGGGGUACCACCCUUGCUCAUGACCCCGAGAAGGCCGCCGAGAAAGCAGCUCUUGAGGCAGCCUUCGAUCAGGUGAUGAAGGCUCAGGGCCAACCUCUCCCAGCACCUCAGCCUCAGCCGCCGCUGGCUGACGAGCAGAGGCAGUCGGUGAGGGUCUUUUCCUUCACCGGCGCCGCUGCAGCGGACCCGAACGCCGGCGCGCUGCAGGCUGCAAACAGGAUACCUGCACCCCAGGAAAUCGAUGAAGUCGAGGCGGCAUCGCCAGCGUUUGGUCGGCCGAUGGUACCGGCUAUGGCGCAGACGUCGCAGCCCGGCCCGUCGAUGGCACAACCCAUGGCACAGUCCAUGACGCCGUCCAUGGCGCAGCCCAAGGCGAUGACGCAACCUGGCACCAUGUCAAUGCAGACGCAAUGGCAGCCUUCACAGUCCACGUCGAUGUCCGUGCGUCCCAUGUCGGCGUCCCGUGGAGGAACUGUCGAGGACAGAUUGCAGCACAUGGAGGAGAUGAUGUUCAGGUUCCACGAGAUUCAAAUGCGGCGACAACAGGAGGUCGAGGCGAGCAUCGGCUCGAUGUUUCAGGAGGCCACGCAGGCCAUGAUUCCGCAGCUUGUCGACCACAUGAUCGAGAGGCUGGCGCAAGCCAUGGAUUUCUCGGAGUUGAGAGACCAGCUGAUCGAGUCAUUCAGUGCAGUGGUGGACGAAAGGUCUGAGACCAUCCUUACAUCGAUUGGGGAGACGUCCGUGGUGCAGAAGUCGAUCUUUUCUGAUGUCUCGCGACUGGGCAACAAGCUUGACUCCACGGCGACAUCAGUCAACGACCUGGCUUCCAACACGAUGCCUGACCUGCAGGACAUCUUUUUGGACAGGUUCGACGAGUUGCAGCGGUACGUGGAGAUGACGAUGACCAACAUGGACUAUCCAAGGGCUAUGCCGCCUGGCACAGGAGGAGGCUACGACAUGUCCAUGAAGGCAGACCCAGGGUGGCAAUCCAGAUCACCUGUGAAUCGCGGACCCCCGCCGGCAACGGACCCAAAGAGUCCGCAGCGGCAAGCGAACGCACGCUCUACCACGCUGCCGAUCGCUACGGAUGGCCGAUCGCGGAGACCGGAUACCGCUCCGGGAGCACCCGCCGAUCGGGCGCGAAGACAUCCGGGUGGCCAGUCUCUCGCCCACGGCCAGGGAUCAGCUGGGCCCAGAAUGGCCUCCGGGGUGGGCCGGACCGCCGUAGAUGGAGACGGCAGGAACCAGCAUGGUGGAGCUAGGGGUCCCGCCACGAUGUCGGAGACAUGGCCGUGGCAGCCCAGGUCCUCUACGCCCCCGCCACAAGAGGUUCCCAAGGAGGAGAUCCCUCCACCGCUGCCCGCGCAGCCUAGCAGGGCUCGCCCAUCGGAUCUUUUUGGCGGACGGAAAGAUUGA